AUAGACAAACUCAAAAUGUCAUCAGCUUACAUUUUCCUCACAAUGUUAGUUGCUCUAGUACAAGUGGGGAUGGUUUUUGCUGUAGUUGACCCUGUAGCAGCCACUGGAAAAGAACCAAUUCUUGAGUUAUACAUGCAUGACAUUCUUGGGGGUAGUGGCCCUACAGCAAGGCCAAUCACUGGCUUGCUGGGUAACAUCUAUGAUGGUCAAGUGCCCUUUGCAAGGCCAAUAGGUUUCCUUCCCCCUCAAGGUGGAGUGGCUAUCCCCAAUGCCAAUGGUGCCAUUCCUACAGUUAAUGGUCUCAAUGGCAUCCCACUAGGAACUGGCUUAGCUGGUACAAAUUUUGCGGGAAAUACAAAUGGUCAGAACCAACCUCAAACCCAACUGGGACCUGAUGGUUUGGGACUAGGAUUCGGAACAAUUACUGUCAUUGAUGAUGUGCUGACCUCUGCACCUGAGUUGGGGUCACAGACAAUUGGUCAAGCUCAAGGAAUUUACGUGGCGGGUUCAGCAGAUGGAACUACACAGAUGAUGACUUUUACAGCCAUGAUUGAAGGAGAGGAAUAUGGUGACAGCCUAAACUUCUAUGGUAUAUACAAGACAGGAAGCACCAUGUCAUAUUUGUCAUUGACUGGUGGUACUGGCAAGUUCAAGAAUGCAUGUGGGUUUGCCGAGGUGCGGUCACUUAUCCCACCUGGCCAACAUGUCACAGAUGGUGCAGAGACAUUGCUGAGGAUAACAGUCCAUCUAAGCUACUGA